AUGGAAAUCAGCUGUUCAAGUUGUCUUACUGUGGAAAGAACUGUAAUGGUGGUUACUUAUUUUGCAACAGGUAGAGGCAGUCCUCAACAAAUUGCCAGAGGAUUAAUGAGCUCGUCUCUAGCAGAGGAAUUGAAGUGCCUUGUGCUAUAUGACGUAGAAAUGGAGGCCAGAGAAUGUGCAACCAGAAGGAGUGUUUUAAAUCAAAAACAAUAUGAAAAUCUAGCAACCUUCAGUUGGGACAAUAUUGUAGCUGAAAUGACAGACAAGCAAACUUUUCUGGCUGAAAUUUUACUUGCUGUUGCACUUCCAACUGGAAAAAUUGGAAAUUUAGCUGCAACAGAGUCUGUUGUGCCAGUGCUGGGUACAGUAUAUGGCAUGCUGAUGAAAGAGAGGUUCCAUGAAUUGUCCAGUGCCCAAAAGGUUGUUGCAGUUACACUUGCAAAUGAACAGACUCACCAAAAGUUACGUUCCAAGUUCUAGCUGAUGUUUUCCUGUUCACCUGCUGGUUCUUCUCUUCACUUUGAACAGUUAAUGAAGUUCGACCACAGGAUAUCACCGUCAAAGAAACAACCUA